AUGCUCGGCUUGCCUCGCCUUCCUCACACUAAGGGAGUGGUGCAGAAGGCGGAGGCGGAGGCGGAGAAGGUGGAGCAGUGUGGGGGCAGGAUAGGCGUGGUGCGGCGCACUGUCACCUGUCAAGGCCAAAGGUACAUCCACAGCCAGCCGGAAGAGUACGUGGAUCUUCGCGGCUGCAGGUUUCUGGGUUAUGAGAUGAGGGAGCGAGAGGCAAAAGCAGCGGCGGUGGACGCCAGCCGGUGGCAGAGUGCGGCUAGGGGAGGAAAGCCACGAAAUGAGGAAAAGGUAUUUGCCGGGGAGGAGGAGAAGAAGGAAGAGGAGGAGCAGCAGCAGCAGCAGCAGCAGCAGCAGCAGCAGCAACAGCAGCAACAUCAGCAGCAGCAGCAACAGCAGCAGCAACCUAUCAUUCUUCUAGGCGAUGGUGAGGUGAGCGAGGGGCGAAGGUACUGUGGGUGGCGGGACGGAAAGUGGGUAGGGAAGAAGCAGCAGGGUAACAAGUACAUUCCCCGCCAACAGCCAGCCCAAAGCCAGCCCAAAAGAAGCCUGAAUGAUAGCCCAACACAUGCCACCAAGACACGCCACUACACACCAAACGAAGAAUGCCAAUGA